GCACAGCACGGCUCUGCUGCCACCGCUGCCACCACCGGGCACAUCCCGGGGUGGACGGGGCAGGAGAGCCUGGCCGAGAGCGACCCCGAGGUCUGGAGCCUGGUGCAGAAGGAGAAGGAUCGGCAGUGCCGGGGGCUGGAGCUCAUCGCCUCGGAGAAUUUCUGCAGCCGGGCAGCGCUGGAAGCUCUGGGCUCCUGCCUCAACAACAAGUACUCGGAGGGUUAUCCUGGGAAGAGGUACUACGGGGGGGCCGAGGUGGUGGAUCAGAUCGAGCUGCUGUGCGAGCGGCGGGCGCUCGAGGCCUUCGACCUGGACCCCGCGCGCUGGGGCGUCAACGUUCAGCCCUACUCGGGCUCCCCGGCCAACUUCGCCGCCUACACGGCCCUGCUGCAGCCCCACGACCGCCUCAUGGGGCUGGACCUGCCCGACGGGGGACACCUCACCCACGGGUACAUGUCCGACGUCAAGAGGAUCUCGGCCACCUCCAUCUUCUUCGAGUCGAUGCCCUACAAGCUUGAUCCGGCCACGGGACUGAUCGACUACGAGCAGCUGGAGGUGACGGCGCGGCUCUUCCGUCCCCGACUGGUCAUCGCGGGCACCAGCGCCUACGCCCGGCUCAUCGACUACGCCCGCAUGAAGAAGGUGUGUGAGGAGGUCCGUGCGUACCUGCUGGCGGACAUGGCCCACAUCAGCGGGCUGGUGGCGGCCAAGGCCAUCCCCUCGCCCUUCGAACACGCCGAUGUCGUCACCAGCACCACCCACAAGACCCUGCGCGGCGCCAGGUCGGGACUGAUCUUCUACCGCAAGGGCGUGCGCUCCGUGGACCAGAAGACGGGCAAGGAGACGCUCUACGACCUGGAGGACAGGAUCAACUUCUCCGUGUUCCCCUCCCUGCAGGGCGGCCCCCACAACCACGCCAUCGCCGCCGUGGCCGUGGCCCUCAAACAGGCCAGCUCCCCGGCCUUCCGGGAGUACUGCCAGCAGGUCCUGAGGAACGCCAAGGCCAUGGCACAGGCGCUGCUGCAGCGCGGGUACACCCUGGUGUCAGGGGGCACCGACAACCACCUGGUGCUGGUGGACCUGCGGCCCAAGGGCAUGGACGGGGCGCGGGCGGAGCGGGUGCUGGAGCUCGUGUCCAUCACCGCCAACAAGAACACGUGCCCGGGGGACAAGAGCGCCCUGACCCCGGGGGGGCUGCGCCUGGGUGCCCCCGCGCUGACCUCGCGCCACUUCCGCGAGGAGGAUUUCCAGAAGGUCGUGGAGUUCAUCGACGAGGGCAUCGCGCUGGCCCUGGACGUCAAGAGCAAAACCAGUAAGCUCCAGGACUUCAAGACCUUCCUGCUGCAGGACCCCGAGACUCAGCGGCGCCUGGCCGAGCUCCGCCAGCGCGUCGAGACCUUCGCUCGUGCCUUCCCCAUGCCCGGCUUCAGUGACCACUGAGGGGGGGGAAACCCCUCCUGCCGGGCUGGGGCCACCCGGGGGGGGGCGAGGGGAGGCUGAAACCCGCCCCCCUCUGCCCUUUCCCCGCUCCCCUUCGUCCCCCUUCAGCACCUUUGGGCGCUCCCUCCCCGUGGGGACGGCGCCCGCCCAUCCUGCUCUCAGUGUUAGGGUGCAGAGACCCCCCCCCAGACCCUGACUGGAGGGGGGGGCACCACUUGUUACAGCCUCAUCUUGCACUUUUCUAUGGGGGGGGGUUGCUAAUAAAAGCGGGGGCAGAGCCUG